UGUUAAAUUUUCUUCGGAAUUAACAGUACACUAUAUAUAAAUUUGUAAACAUUCGGUAUCCCAUAUUUUAUUGUAAUUAUUAUAACUGUUUAUAGAGAUAAGAAAAAUUAAUGUGUUAGACUAUGAAUUCAUCAUCGGGACAAUUGAUUUUUUUAUCAAGUUUUUCGUGUCUACUUUUAUGUGUAAUAACACAACAUUGGGUGUAUUCAUCAUCACUGCCGUUUUAUUUUCCAAUACUAUGGGCACUGCUUGUCACAAUUUUAUCAACAUGGAUAAGUUGUAUUGUCUUUAAACAUAUAAUAAAAGCUGAUUCAUCAAUUACAUUACAUCCAAUUUCAAUAUAUUUAAGAAAUAAAUUCAAUGCAUAUCUUCAAUCACGUUUAGUGAUAAAUAAAAAAUAUUUAAUUAAAAAAAAUUCCCAAAAAACAAUAAAUGAUAAUAAUAAAUUAACAACAAUUAAUUCUCCAAAUAAUAAUAAAGAAUCACCAGAAAAGGAUAAAAAAAUAGUUCAUGAAAUUGAUUCAAAGUAUAUACAAAUAUGGUAUCAAAAUAUAAGUGAUGACAAUCAAUUUUCUCAGGAAGCAAAAGAUUUAAUUUCAAAAUUAUCAUUGGGAUUGAAUACACGUAUUGAAGCUGUUGAAAAAAUUCAACUUGUUGAUAAAUUAGCUGGUGUAUUAAUUGUACAUUUGAAAGAAUAUAGAAGGGCACUACGACGAGUUGAGAAAGGAUUUGCUGCCAAUAUUGAAGAGGCAUACAAUUAUUCACAUCCUGGUUCACGAAGUUCAACUGCAUUGGAACAUACAUUAGGUCGAUUAGUUACAGUUAUAGCUAGAGAAUUUUUACAAUGGGAACUUGGAAGUUCAUUGCCUUGUAAGCUACUGUUAUCGAUUUUAGCUAGAAGGCUAUUGUCAGUAUUGGAGACAAUAUCAUCUCCAAAAUGGAUUUUACAGCAUCUUAUUCAUCAAUUACAUUCAACAACUUCAAUAGAACAAAAAAUUCAAACUACUCUUCCAACAAAUGCCAAAGAAGAAGGUAUCAUUCCUACUGCUUUAAGUGAUGGUAUAGCUUCUGCUACAGCAGCCGCUAUAGCACGACCAUUAACAAAGCCAAAUUUUAUCCAAUUACCGGAAGUUAAAAUUGAAGAAAGUAAAGUUAACGAUAUAAAAUGUAAACCAACAAUAAAUUUAGAAGUUCAAAUUGACGGCACAUCAAAUAAUCAUCGUCGUGGACUUUGGGGCGAUAUGGGUGUAAUAUCUGAAAUUGAAUCCGAAUUGGAUGAAGAUCGAAUAUCGCCAAUUUAUGAAGAACCAACUGAUUUUGCAUCAACAAUUGCAAGACUCAGAAAUCUAUUACAACAAAAAUCUACUGCUACAACACCAUUACAAGUGGAGGAGAAAUUUGGAUUUUGUGAUUUAGAGAGUCCAUUCACAAAUAUAUCGAUUCCUCGUAUUGAGUCAUAUUUUUCAGCUGAAGGUUCUCAACAAAUUCUUUAUUGCAUUCAAUUCGACGAUGUUGAACAACGUGGAGUUUAUACAUUUGAAACAACUUGCACCACAACAAGACGACGAUAUUCUGAUUUUGUGCAACUUCACGCUUCUUUGGAGGAGUUUUCAGGUCUCAGAGAAUUAAUGUCUGACAUAACACUUCCUGAGGGUGGACGAGUGGAAAUGGAGAAUUAUUUAAAAACAAUAUGUUCAAGAUUGGGUAAUGAAGCACCGAAUAUUUUACGUCGUUUUUUGCGACCAGACAGUGGCAUUGGAAAAAAGGCUGAUGUUGUCACGCCCCGAUUUGAUAGAUUUUUGGCAAAAACUGUUAGUGGCGUUUUUAACACACUAAAAACAGUUGUACCAGGUUUUGAAAUGGAACAACAAGAAGAGGAAAAUCCAUUUUUUCAGCCAACACUAAUGUCACUUGCCGAUGUACCGUGGCGAUUUGUUCAAGACGUCAGCAUAAAUAAAAAUUUUGCACACGAUCUACGUCAAUUGGUGGCUGAUCGAACGGAUUAUUGUUCAGUUGAUACAGCAUACGAAGCAGUUGAUUCUGUUGAAGGAAGUGGAGAUUCUGAACUUUUGGCACAUUGGUGGGAAAUAAUGAAUAGAUCUUGUGACGAAGUAGAUGAACUUGACUCUAAUUUAUCAUUGACUUGCGCUGGAAUUGAUUUGGCAUGUGAAAUUCUUUCUGGCGUUAAUAGUAAUAAAUCAUUUCAGCAUGAAGGCUUCAUAAAAUGUUUUAAAUUGAUACUUGGCAGCGUCACAGAACCCUUAAUAGAGAAUAUUGUAUGUUGGGCUUACGAUUAUUGUGAAACAUUACCAGUAAAUUCAAGUCUCACUGACAAUGAAUGUGACGAAUCACUAGAGGAUCUUCAACAAAAAGUUCAAUUAUCCUUAGAAAAAUCAGUUUCAUCAAUUGUAAAAUUAUUUUUCAAUGAAAACGAUAUAAAAGGUAUGAUAAAAUUUACAAUAGGCUCAUUGGAAGUGAAAAAAAUAAAUAGGGAUUUAAAUCUACAAAUUUUAGAUGUUAUUGCAUCGCAAUUGUUAGCUUCCUGUCGAUCAUCACAUAACAAAAGUUAAUUUUUCCAUUUUCUAUAGAAAAAUAUAGAUGUAUUUUUUUUAUUAGUUUUUUUUCAUAUAUUUUACUAUUUUUUUAACUGAAUAUUGAAAGACUAAUAAAUUAAUGAUUGAAUAUUUUAAUGUAUUAACUGAUGAAAGGGCAUUUAAUAUAUAUAUAUUUAUUAC